CAACUGGACGACAACUUCAAAGUAAUCAGUAAAAUUAAGCACUUUUACGAACGAAAUGUAUUCUGACCGCACUAUUUGUACACUUGGCACAUCAGUGGCAAUUAAAAAUAAACUGAGACUACGUGCACACUUAGCUUACAUUAAACAAUGACUAAAUCCAAAUUGGACAAUUUGUUUCAUUUCAGUUCAUCUUAACGUGUUAAAGUUGCUUGUACUGUCUUCGGCGAUUCGACGAAUACUGUUCGGAGUAACAGAUGACGGUACAGAUUGCAAUGUCUGAGAGAACCAUUCAGAAUGACGAUAUUAGUUUCCUCCUCGAACAUUGGUUGAACGUCAGCAGGGUAGCAAACCUCAGCACGAGAAAACAAAAUUUCGCAAAGGUUGAAUUUUAUUUGGAAGGUUCACGUUCUCUGUAUUUCAAUCCAAUGAGCCAUGGCACCAGUGCAUUUAAGUGUGCGUAGAUGUUUAUCGAAAGAAUUAUUUUUUCUAGGUCUGCGAGAAAGACCAUCAAAUUUCCUGGACUUUUUUCGAAACUAUGGUAGUCGACCCAGAUUAUCUACUGAAAUCAAUCAGGAUGUAUUGGAUUCGAUUGCAAAAGGAGACUAUAAGCCAAAAAGACAUGCAGGAAUUAUAAAAACUAUUAGCAGUACAUUGCCCAAGCCUGUAAUUGAUAAUAUUCAUGCCGCUCUUAAAGACCAACCUCUGAAAGCACUGGCAGCCCAAGGCAUAAAGUUAAAUCAGUACCUGAAUUCAAGACAUCUUCCUUGUGAAGAAGAUGAAUUAAUAAAUAGACAUGAACAAGCAGCUUUGCAUGUUGAAAAAAAGUAUAAUAUCCCUUCAGACAUUACAGAAGAAGAAAAAAGGGAUUUUAGGAAAAGAUUUGAAAAGCAAAUUCUACGCCAAUUGCAACAAAAAACUUAUAUGUGGAAAGCAAUUAACUACAAUGACCACCGUUCGAAAGUGUAUCUGAUCGGAAGAUCAUCAGCAGAAUAUGCUGUUUUAAGCCGGAUCUUUAAUGAAGUGAAACUACGACUUCCUGACUUUCAGCCAAAAUCUCUUUUUGAUUUUGGUUCAGGUGUUGGUACAGUAACUUGGGCUGCAAAUCAUUUUUGGGAAAAUUCACUGCAAGAGUAUUUUUGCGUUGAUGCAUCGGCUUCAAUGAAUGAACUUGCGAAUUUAGUAUUGAAUGGUAAACAGACCGCUGAAAAUCCGGGUAAAGGAUACUUUUAUCGUCAAUUUCUUCCUGCCUCACACACGCUAAAAUAUGAUUUAGUUGUGAGUGCAUUUUCUUUAUUUGAACUUCCAAAUCUUAAAUCAAGACUUGAAACAAUUUUGAAUCUUUGGAAAAAAACUCAAGGCUAUUUGAUUGUUGUUGAACAGGGAACAAAUGCUGGAUUCCAAAUUAUCAAUGAAGUGAGAGACUUCAUUCUGGAAUUUUAUAAUAAUGAGGAGAAUGCAUUACAACCAGCAGCCCAUGUAUUUGCACCAUGUCCUCAUGACAAGCCAUGCCCAAGAUUUGCAGAAGAUUACACACCCUGUAAUUUUGAAGUUCCAUACACAAACCCUUUUUAUCCAUCAACAGGAAUUUUGAGGGAGAAAUUUUCAUAUGUCGUAUUGAAGAAAGGUUUUCGUCCUGAGGAUGAUCUCCAGUGGCCAAGGCUUGUUAGACCUGUUCUUCCAAGAGCGAGACACGUGGUGUGUCGAAUGUGUACAUCUGCUGGUAGGCUGGAGGAAAUAAUCUUCACAGCAGCAAAGCAUGGAAAAGUAACCUACAAGUGUGCUAGAGCUUCACACUGGGGUGAUCUACUGCCAAUAGAAGUUAAACAACCAAGUGAAUCGGAAAAUGACAAUGAAAAUGAAACAAAAUGUUUUGAUGAGAAAGACAAAACAUAAUGACUUGUUAAUUAAGAAUUUGUAAUAAUCCAAAUAUGUUGUGUACAUAUCUUUUUAACCUUAAAGAGUUUUAUUUAAUUGUUUUAAAUUCUUCACCUUAUAGAAUCUUCCCAUAAGAUAACCAUUCUGAAGUGUCAAAAAAGUUUACUAUGGUGCGCCAAGAAAGUCUCCCUUCAGUGGCACCUUGCUGGUGAGAGUGGUAGCAACAGAAAUUAUGUUAGCAGCACAAGCUGCAGCUUCUAACAAAUGAAAACCAAAAUGGUGUACUACCACUAUCAUAACAGAUGCUGGAAAUACUAUCCCCUUUAUUUGUUUCCCAGUUAUCUGGUUGCUACCAAGACAAAAGCAAUUACUUGGGGGGAGGCCCUAAUGGAGCUUAGUGUGGUGAGAUGUUGUGCGUAUAAAUAUAGAAGAAGACCUGAUUAAAAAUCUAGCUGAAAUACCUCUUGUUGCCUUAGUACUUAUCAUAAUUAUUUAUUAGAUAGGAAAAGACUAAUGUAUUCUUGCUCAGUCCUACCCAAUCAGAUCCACCACAUUCCAUCACACUCUCGUCCCAGCUUACCUUGCCCUGCCUCACCCCUAAGUUAUUUUUAUUUAAGAGUUUAUUCUCCUACAUGAAAAGGACCGGGGGAAAAUAUGGUUUUACAAUUGAAGAUGCUUGUAAUAUAUCAACUGUAUAAAAAAUACUUCCUAGCUAAAAUUCUAAUUACCCCUGGUACAUUUUGGCUGUUUGGAAAUUCUUUGAAGGACAAGAGCACUUUCUAGCCAUCUAAAAAUCAAAGGAAAAUAAAGAAAAACUAAUUUAAUUAUAUUUCUUUUGGGAACCUUCCAAAUAAUGACAGGAAAGAACAAAAUAUUUUCAUCAAAAUAUCUUUUUCUUCACACCUUUUUUGCCCUCAAGAUUCCAUCAGCAAGAAAGUGACACUUCAUCCUUGGUCUUUAAUAUGUUGUGCAAUGCAAUAAGUAUUCCUCUUCCAUACUACUGACAAAAACAGGUACAGCUACUCUAGAUUUCAAACUACCUGUAUCCACUCUUGGGAGGCUUUGAAGCAAGUAGCUCUUUCGAAGUAUGCUUUGGAUCAUGAAUUAAGAAGACAGCACAAUGUUGAAAAUAUUUAAGACAGUUUGUUCUAACCUGGCUCCAAAGUUGUUUUAUUUUAAAAAAAAUUUAAAUGAAUUUGAUAGUGAGCUUGUGAUCUCCAAUAAUCCCCCACUGCACAAACUAAAUAAUGACAAAUUUAAGAAAAACUAAUGUAAUGGAUCAAUCUAGAAAUAUAAAAAUUAUAAAUAAUAUAAUAUAAAGAGACACACACACACCGAUGUCAUGGCUAAUAAAUCAACCAAAGGUAAUAUUAAAAAGGCCAAAAAAAGUUUAUAUAUUUUUUUAUUAUAAAUUAACUUAUUUA